CGCGCGUGUAUCUCAUCUCGUCCGUCUGUAGGUGCUGGGCUCAGCGAGACGCCGGCGAGAAAGAAGAGGAGGCGAGAGGUGAACUGAGUUUGAUCCUGCGGCGGCUACAACAACUCCAGAGCCGAGAGACCGCGUCCUGGGACGGACUGCCUUUCUUAAUUGAUACAAUAGCCCAGCUCGGGUUUUCCACCUCCUCCUCCAACCCCACCCCGCCUCACCCCUCCCGCCCGCCGCCGCCGCCGCCGCCGCCGCCGCCCCAUCGCCCGCCCGGGGCUCUGUCGCCGGCUGCGUCCUGUCCCGGCCGGGCCCGCCGGCUCCGCACCCGCGCUCCGGCCGCCGCGCCCGCCUCGCCGCCUCGUCCGCCGCGCCCUCCUCGUCCGCCUCGGGGGUGCCGCGGCGGCUCUGAGGCUCGGGCGCGCCGCCCGGAGCAGCCCAGAACGCUGGCUAGGGCCUCUCCAUUCGCCUCGCCCCAAAGUUUCUGGGUUUGUUGGAAUUUUUUCAUUUAGGAUAUUUCCCCCACCUAGCAUUUUUUUGGGAAUACUUUUGACAAAUCGAUCGCACUUUUUCUCCGCUAGCUCUUUGCACCCCCUUCUUUUUUUUUCCAAGCAGGGGAAGGAGUUUACGAGAGCGAGGCUCCUUCUAGACAAAGUUUUCCAAAGUUUUCCCAGUGUGAUGGUUGCGAGAAGAGCAAAUCCACCAGCUUGAUUCACGGCUGCGUCUCAACCAACCCUUGAGCAGCCCCUAAGCCCCGCUAUAAAGGAACAAACAAACAAACAAACAAAGUUACACCCCAGUUGCCUCGUGUCUCCUUUCUCUCUUCUUUUAGGCAAAUUUUUUUCUCCGUCUCUCCGCUCCCCUUGCAGGCUCCACUACCCUUCCCUCGGCCCCUUCCUCCUUCUCUGUUUCGGCUGGGAGGUGCGAGGACCCCCGGCCGCAGCCUCCCCUCCCCCGCUGCUCGGGUCCCCUCCUGUCUGGCCCUCCCCUCCCCCGCUGAGGCCAGCACAGCCAAUCCCCCGAGCGGCCGCCAACAUGCUCUUUGAGGGCUUGGAGCUGGUGUCCGCGCUGGCCACCCUCGCCGCUUGUCUGGUGUCCGUGACGCUGCUACUGGCCGUGUCGCAGCAGCUGUGGCAGCUGCGCUGGGCUGCCACCCGUGACAAGAGCUGCAAGCUACCCAUCCCAAAGGGUUCCAUGGGCUUCCCGCUCAUCGGAGAGACCGGCCACUGGCUGCUGCAGGGUUCUGGCUUCCAGUCGUCCCGGAGGGAGAAAUAUGGCAACGUGUUCAAGACGCAUUUGCUGGGGCGACCGCUGAUACGUGUUACGGGUGCGGAGAACGUGCGCAAGAUUCUCAUGGGCGAGCACCACCUCGUGAGCACCGAGUGGCCUCGAAGUACGCGCAUGCUUCUAGGGCCCAACACAGUGGCAAACUCCAUCGGUGACAUCCACCGCAACAAGCGCAAGGUCUUUUCCAAGAUAUUCAGCCAUGAGGCCCUGGAGAGCUACCUGCCCAAGAUCCAGCUGGUGAUCCAGGACACCCUGCGUGCCUGGAGUAGCCACCCUGAGGCCAUCAACGUGUACCAGGAAGCUCAGAAGCUCACCUUCCGCAUGGCCAUCCGGGUGCUGCUGGGCUUCAGCAUUCCUGAGGAGGACCUUGGGCACCUUUUUGAGGUCUACCAGCAAUUUGUGGAGAAUGUCUUUUCCCUGCCUGUCGACUUGCCCUUCAGUGGCUACCGGCGGGGCAUUCAGGCACGGCAGACCCUACAGAAGGGGCUGGAAAAGGCCAUCCGGGAGAAGCUGCAGUGUACCCAGGGCAAAGACUACUCAGAUGCGCUGGACAUCCUCAUUGAGAGCAGCAAGGAGCAUGGGAAGGAGAUGACCAUGCAGGAACUGAAGGAUGGGACCCUGGAGCUGAUCUUUGCGGCGUAUGCCACCACGGCCAGUGCCAGCACCUCGCUGAUCAUGCAGCUGCUGAAGCACCCCGCCGUGCUGGAGAAGCUGCGGGAAGAGCUGAGGGCCCAGGGCAUCCUGCACAGUGGCGGCUGCCCCUGCGAGGGCACCCUGCGCCUUGACACGCUCAGCGGGCUGCGCUACCUGGACUGUGUCAUCAAGGAAGUCAUGCGCCUCUUCACACCCAUUUCCGGCGGCUACCGCACUGUGUUACAGACCUUCGAGCUUGACGGUUUCCAGAUUCCCAAAGGCUGGAGUGUCAUGUACAGCAUCCGGGAUACCCAUGACACAGCACCUGUGUUUAAAGAUGUGAACGUGUUUGAUCCUGACCGCUUCAGUCAGGCACGGAGUGAGGACAAGGAUGGCCGCUUCCAUUACCUUCCAUUCGGCGGUGGCGUCCGGACCUGCCUGGGCAAGCACCUGGCCAAGCUCUUCCUAAAAGUGCUGGCAGUGGAGCUAGCCAGCACGAGCCGUUUCGAGCUGGCCACCCGGACCUUCCCCCGCAUCACCCUGGUCCCUGUCCUGCACCCCGUGGACGGCCUCAGUGUCAAGUUCUUCGGCUUGGACUCCAACCAGAACAAGAUCCUGCCAGAGACUGAGGCCAUGCUGAGUGCCACAGUCUAGUCCCGCUUCAGCCACACCCACCUCAGCCCCAUCAUGGGGUGGGGGUGGUGGGAGGUAGAAACCUGUGUGUGGGAGGGGACCAAACCUGGGGGGGCGAGUGACCCCCAUUCUUGCCCUUCCUGGCUCCCCCUCCCUGGCAAACCUUAUUCAAAGCCAAGAGGGCCUCAUCCUUCCUGGGGAUGGACUCCCCUCCUGGCUCCUGCUUCCCCCCCCAGGUGCCUCCCAGUUCCCACCAGCUCAGCCUCUGGGAAAUGGCGAGACUGGGGCUCUGCAUGCCCAUGACAGUGUUAGAUGUUGCUUGUGCUACAGUGUUUGCUUGUGAUGUUCUGAACUUCUCCCUUCCCUCUGUUCCUUCCCAGCCCUUUUAGAUGGAGGUCAGGCCAUUGUGUUGGGGGUGGCGGGAAGAGAAGUGCCCCUUUGGUGCACUCUUCAGCGCUCUCUCCCCACUGCCCCUCCCCCUUUGGUUGCCAGAGAAUAGCAUCCUGAGUAAUGGAACAGGAGUCAGCCCUGGCAGGGGCAGGGGCACCACCAACGUGGAGACCCCCACCCCCACUUCCCUCUCACCAGUUUGGACAUUUGAAAUUAACUAUUGCUGCUACUUGUUCUGUCCUCUGACCUUGGGUCAGAGGAGCCCCAGGCCUGUCCCCCUGCAUCCUCCCUGCUGGCCCUGGGCAGGCGCACUGACAUCCCACGUCCUAGCCUCUGCUGAGCUAGGCUGCCCUCUGCUACACACACACCCAGCUAGGCCUUGGCUUGUGGGUUCCCCACUCCCGUAUUUAUUACCUGAUAGAGAAUCCUGGCAAUGUGGGUGCCUGGAGCAAACAUUUCCUCUAUCCUCAGCCUCUGUUCUACCUGCCCCAGGUGAGACAUCUGUGAGUGAAGAGGAAGGGGUCUCCUUCAAACCCAGCCCCUUGGCCUAGGGUGGAGAAACUCCCCAGGCUUUAGAAGUUAUUUGAGUUCAACCCCAGAGCCUUGCUCCUGGGCUGAAAUCCAGCCCCUCUGUAUGUUGUCCCCUAUGGGGGAUGGGGCCAUGGCCCAUUGCUUCCUGCCUGUCCCCCAUCAUAACCCCAAUUAUGUGGAUUUGGAGGCUGCCAUGGUUCCCUGAUUGGCCACUGUUCACCCCAGUGCCCCUCACUCCAGCUAGUGAGUAUGCAGGAUACAGGUUCAUUCUGCAGGUGAGAAGCACGGACCUGGAUCUUCCCUUCCUUGCCCCUUACCUUGUGCCCUUAGCCCUUAGAAAGGUGCCCUUGAUGUCCCUUCUGCUCUAUGCCACUGUCUGCUUAGUCCAGCUCAGGGGAGUGGGGACAAGAUGAAGGCAAGGAGGAGGUGAGCACAGAGGCAGUCCUUCCUUCAGUGCCUGGAGGCUGCAUGGCCUUGGGAAGCUGCAGGGUAGGCUGCAGGGAGAGCUGAGGACCAGGGUAUGUGCCAUUUGUCAGAAGGGAUUGGGUUGAGAACUGGAGAGUCUAGAUGACUGGGAAGAAGAAGAGUAGCUCCUGCCACUGGCAUUUUUAGUGUUGGCAAUUUAGAAUGCCUCCCGGGGAUGGUCUGGGGGCCUUUGGUGAGUCUCUAAGCAAUUUUGUCUGUUUUCAAAAUUUUCUUUGCUUUCCCAUUUCUCUAUUGGUUUCUGAUGUUAUUAUAAAAGCAGUGACUCCUUCUCUUUACAAGAAAGUCAAAGCACAGACGAAGAAAGAAGGAUGUGACGAUCCCCCAGUUGCGGCUGCAAGCAGCUUAGCACACCCCCCAGUGUCAGUGGGCAGACCCAUGGUGGACCCAUGGGCCUUGCUGGUAGACUUUACAGGAAUGGGCUCAUACUUCUCAGACCGUUCUGUAACCACCGAUUCUCAAAUGUUUCAUUUCAUAGUACUUUUCACUACUAAAAACCAGUGUAACAGACAUUCUCGGCAAAAAUACAGUAGAACCUCCAUAGUUGACCCCCUCCCUACACCUCCUUUAGUUGACCUAAUUUUCACAGACCAGACAUGCACCCCAUGUACAUAUCAGUACAACAGGCUUAGUUCCUUAUGUUGACCAGUCUGUUAUACUCCCUUGGGUGGUCAACUUACAGAGGUUCUACUGUAGUCUGAAUUUUUAAAAAAAAUUAGUAAAAUCCCUCCAAACCUCCACUGUCCCCCUAAUCCUGAAGAACAGGCCAAAAUGUGUAACGACUCAUCAAAGCUUGCAAAAUAGCUGCAUGGUACACCAGAAUCUGUUACUCACAGAAAAGCCCAGGUUCAUUUUCUUUGAAGGUGAUCAACCGUGCCCUGAACCAGUUGUUUUUGACUGAAUAACCUUGAGUGCCAUAAGUGUGACUUCAUACAGGAAGCAUGCCAGGUCUGGCCCUGGCAUGCUGGAGGGCUGGAGGGGGCUGGAGGGCUCGGAAAGGCCUCAGGGGCCUUCCCUUGGGGUGGCCAGCCUGGGAGGGGAACAGAGGGAAGAGCUGAAUGGAUCCCUGUGAGAGAAGAAAGAAGGAUCAUUUGCCCUGCUGGGUCUCAGAGGUGACAAGAGAGAGCUACAGAAAGGUCUGGCUGGCUGACAGCAUCCCACCAUCAGAAUUCACCCAUCUCUCCUCUGUAGAUCUGUAUUGAGAUAUCUGUGUCCAUGUGUUUGCUUGUGUGUUUUAUAGAGCUAGUGUUAGAUGAGUGAUGUUUUCUCACUUACCAUUCCUAACUAUUGUAACUUGACAUUAAAAAGACAAAACCCCACAAAACUCUUCCCGCCCUGGGCUUGCAGAUUGAAGCACUUUUGAUGUUGGGCGCUGGCAUUUGUGUUCUGGGCACCACCUUGCCCCCCGGCCCAGAUCGCUAUAAUAUUAUUUUAUACACAAGACUUUUUUUUCAUAAAUGUUAUAAUUUUGUGUCUGUCUUUAUAAACUAUUAUAAGUACUAUUUUUGUUAUAAUUCAAAAUAGAUAUUUAGUAUAAAGUUUUUUGCUGUUAAAUAUUUGUUUUAUUUAGUAAAAUAUGAAUUUUUUUCUCUAUUGUAAACAUGUUCAAAAUAUUAAUAUGUUUUUAUCACAGUUGUUUUAAUAUUGAAAAAGCACUUGUGUGUUUUGUUUUGAUAUGAAACUGGUGCCGUAUGAGUGUUUUUUUGCUGUCAUGUGGUUUUAAUCUGUAUAUAAUAUUCCAUGUUGCAUAUUAAAAAAUGAAUGUUGUGCAUUUUGUGAUCUUGGAAAUACUCAAUAUGGCUCUUUUAUAGGCUUCCAUAAUAAACUGUGGGGAC